AUGUACAUAGCAUUAAGUAAUAAAAAGCACACAUUGGACAUGGGUUCUACGGCAUUUUGUAACAAACGUGCUGUCGCCGGCCCGUGUAGUAACUACACAAGAUUCUAUUACUACAACACAGUAAACAGCAUGUGUCAAGCCUUUAUGUAUAGCGGAUGUGGAGGCAACGAUAACAGGUUCUCGACAUUGAGACAAUGUAAGAGCACCUGUGAACAUGAAGGUUAUGCCAGGAACGAAGGAGCGUAUUGGAGC